AUGGGUGCGUUUGAUGUUAUAGAUGUUGGCAAAAUGGAGCGAUGUCGAAAUUGGUUUUGUGCGCGUAGUAAUAAUAAUGACUAUGCCGAGCUGGCCAUAAAUGAUCCCCUAAAAAAUCUAAUCAAUUCCAUUUCGGAUACAAAACGUGAUCACGUGCGCGACACGAGUAGUAAUAAUGGUGGUGGCGCCAUGGCCACAAUAACGCCCGCAACAACAGCAGCGGCAUCGACGACCCCCUCGCAUGUGGUGACCUUUCUGGAUGAUGUUGGUGCUAGUGGUACUAAUGGUGCGGUUACGACAAGUAGUCGUGUCGUGAGCCACACAGAGUUGCAUACACCGUUGGCUGAUGGCAAUUUGGAUGUAAUCGAAGCAGCGGAGGAUUUCGCCAAUGGUGCAAGCAUCGGUUUGUCACUAUGUGAUGAUAGUGUACCAUCUUCGAAGAACUGCUAUCGACUCAUUAUGCUGGGAUCUUCACGUGUGGGAAAAUCAUCAAUUGUGGCACGAUUUCUCGGCAAUCGCUACGACGAGGCAUACACCCCAACCAUUGAAGAUUUCCAUCGAAAGCUUUAUCGUAUACGUAAUGAAAUCUAUCAGCUGGAUAUAUUGGAUACAUCGGGCCAUCAUCCAUUUCCAGCGAUGCGACGUUUAUCCUUUAUGACCGGCGAUAUUUUCAUCUUAGUCUUCAGCAUGGAUUCGCGUGAAUCCUUUGAGGAAGUGGUGCGUUUACGUGAAAAUAUACUCGAAACUAAAUGGGCGGCGCUUAAUCCAGGAUCUGGUUUGAAGAAGAAAAGUUUGCCAAAAAUUCCAAUGGUUAUUGCCGGAAAUAAAUGUGAUCGUGAACCCAAAAAUGUUCAACUGGACGAAGUGAUGGGCUAUAUUGCCGGUCAGGACAAUUGUUGCGUCUUCGUCGAAUGUUCGGCGCGACAAAAUUUUCGUAUCGAUGAUCUUUUCUAUGCACUCUUUAUGGUUUCAAAUUUACCAUUGGAAAUGGCACCGAACCAUCAUCGACGUGUCGUGUCGGCAUUUGGAGCACCAUCACCUUUGCCGCCGCACACCACCAUGAGUGGAUCGAAAAAGAAUGCACUCUCUAUUAAGCGACGCUUCAGUGAUGCCUGCGGAGUGGUAGCACCGAAUGCGCGACGGCCCAGCAUACGAACCGAUCUCAAUUUGAUGCGCUCCAAGACGAUGGCCAUGAACGAGGGCGAAGGAGCGGGUGUGACGCGUAGGAAUUAUUGCGGAUUAAUGUAA